AACAUAUAUCCGCGAUCCCAAUCGUUCACACGCGCAAACGCCGGGAGCCACCGCGAUGUCGCCCAAGCCGGCGAAGCCGACACCCGCCACCGAGUUCGAGUACUGCGAGCUGUGCCGCCAUCACCACGACCAUGGCCGGCGCCAUCGCUACAUCGUCAAGCACAGGAGAAAUCUCGACGCCGCGCUCACCUGCUUCCGCUCCAAGCUCUCCGACCUCCGCCGCGCCUUCCUCCCCGGCUCCCCCUCUUCCCAGCCGCCGCGGACCCGUCUCUGGUGCCCCUUCUGCUCCAUUGACCUCGUCGACCUCGACAGCCGCUCCGCUGGUAACAAUGCCAUUUACCAUAUGGCAAGCAGUGAGCACCUGAAGGGUGUGAAGGAUUUCCUGUGGAAGCACGGGGGACGGAUGGAUCAGGUGGUCUCGCUUAGGAUUUCAGAGGAUGUGCUUGCCAAGUUUCAGUGGGAGAAAGGCCCUGAAUGCUUGAGCACAGGAACGAAGAAGGGGACUGAAGAGCUGAUUGGACCAUCUCUGAAGCAGAUAAAAGAUAUCCAAAAUGAAUAUGCAUGUGACAGUUUGGAUAGUUUUGCACAAAACAAUAUCCCAUCUUUUAGUAACACUGCAUCAUAUGUUGUUAUGCCUUUACAAAAUUCUACCAAUGGGGCAUAUGGCUCUAUUAGUACAGCGUGUCAUGGAGCUUCCAGUUCUGGAAGUGCUUCACAUUCUGCUCCAUAUGGAACUGUCGGCCUGCCCAUCACACCUUGGGGAUCGGCCGAAACACAUAAGCUGCAGGGUGCACUGUCUACAAACUGGUUUCACAGCAGUGGUACUGAAACAAAAGGCCAUCAGUCUACUGUCUUUGUGAAUGGCGCAAGCCAAUCACUUUCUUGUUCUGAUCAUAUGUUACCUUUGCGGGUUCAACAAAGUCACACUGGAGGAAAUUUGAGCAAUGGCUCAAAAGCAAAUGUGCAUACGGGUGCUCCUCCUCCCUGGUUAAAAGCUAACGAACACGAUCCAAAGAAUUUGUCACUCAAAAGCUGUGGUCUUUCUUCCCGGAAAGGGAAAUUGAGGAAACUCAAUCCAAACAGGGUUGGUGCUGCAUGGGCAGAAAGAAGAAGAGCUGAGAUGGAAAUGGAGAAGCAAGGUGAAAUUGUUCCAGCAACAUCUGAUUCUAGUUGGCUGCCUAAUUUUGGUAGUGUCUGGCAAUCUGGCACAAGGAAGGAAUCAAGGAAAGAAUUUGAGAAAAGCCACAAGAUUCAUGACACGAAGAGCGACCAUGACUUAUCCUUGGAGAUAAAACCAUAUAUCAGCAAACGGAUGCGUGUAGGUGCUGAGAAAGCUUCUGACAAAGCUGAAGAGCUUGGCAGCCACCUACCGCAGUAAACAGAUGUACAACCCGGUGGAUGUCGUCGCGUGGGCGUCUCUGCGGAAAAAGCCGCCAGGGCGCGCGGCUUGAUUAGCGAUUGGUUUGGUUUCCAUGUCAGGUCGCGCCUGGGAAGCCCGCCGCGAGUACGGAAUGCCAAGCCAGUAGUAGUUUUUGUUCUCGGCACGAAGCCAUUUGAUGUUCGUUUUGUGCGACGGUUUGCGGCUUGAUCGCGAUUGGCCUCGUAGCCUUUUUGACCGAACGAGAGAAGCAGCAGCUCUGCAAAGCUACCUCCAGGUUCAUUCGAGACGGUAGGCUGGGAGGGAUAGCGUCAUUGCGGCCAAUGGUUUUCGGUUCUUUUCCACUUGUGCACGACGUCAUAAACCCGAGAAAAUGUUUACAGCCUCACAGGGCACCUCUCAGAGAACCAGAGACUCCGGUUCCUUGGGGGUAAAACCGUAAAAUGGCCGCCGCUUGUCUUGUU